AUGGCUCUCGAAUAUAUCGAUCAAAAGAUUAAAAAUGGUGAUAUUACUUUUUUUGAAUACGAGGAAUUCAGUAAAGUGGAGAAAGUUUGUAAAGGAGGAUUUGGAAUUAUAAAAAGUGCUGAUUGGGAGAAUCGUGGGAUUAAAGUAGCGUUAAAAACUCUGAAAAAUAAACCUUCGAUCAAUGAGGAUAGUAUGAACAGAUUUCUUAAAGAGCAAUUAGAAUUACAAUGCGAUGGUGGUGAAUUAAGCGAUGAAAUAUUCGAUGCAUUACAUGAAAUUAUUCAUGCAUAUUUAAAUAAUAAUAAGGUUGGGUUAAAUAAUCUUCUUAAAGAGGCUUUAGAUAAACAUGAAUCAAAAUCACGAGAAAUUUUUAAAUUUCUCAUGGAUGAUCCAACGAUAAAACAUUACGAGUUAAUAAUUGGAGUGUUUUAUGGAAAAGGUUUCGGAGUAUGUCAGGAUGAUGAGGAAAGCUACAAGUGGAUCGCAAAAGCAAGUAAGAAAAAUGAUAUCGAUGGAGAUUGUGAACUUGGGAGUUGUUAUUACAGGGGAUAUGGCAUUGAGAAAAAUCUUGAAAAAGCAGUAUCAUAUUAUCAACAUGCAAGUAAUGGAGGAUUGAACGUAGCUCUAUACAACCUUGCAAUUUGUUAUGCAAAUGGUUACGGCGUACGUAAAAAUUUGUCGGAGGCAUUUAAAUUAUAUAAAAGAUCUGCUGAGAAUGGGUAUAUACUCUCUCAAAAAAAUCUUUGGUAA